CCGGGAUCCAGGGUCGCGGGGAACUACUUCCGGGGGAGCGACGCGGUGGCGGGGGAGUUGGCUCUGAAGAGUGGUGAGUCAGAAGAGACCCCAGGCAGCAAGCAACUUGGCCAUGGCCUCUGACCUGGACUUCUCACCUCCAGAGGUGCCCGAGCCCACUUUCCUGGAGAAUGUGCUACGGUAUGGACUCUUCCUGGGAGCCAUCUUCCAGCUCAUCUGUGUGCUGGCCAUCAUCGUACCCAUUCCCAAGUCCUACGAGGCGGAGGCUGAACCAUCUGAGCCCAGAAGUGCUGAGGUGACGAGGAAGCCCAAGACUACUGUUCCUUCUGUGAACAAGAGGCCCAAGAAAGAGACCAAGAAGAAGCGGUAGAAGAGGAGGCCCGAGGGGCUGGGCAGGCAGGGAGAGGGCCUUCGGGACAGCCCUCCUGGGAAUCUCCAUCCUGUUCCCCCCUCCGUCCCAGGCUCAGGGUCUGAGGAGGCCGCGACGCCCUCUGACCGCAGAGAUCUAAACAGUCAUGACAGUCCCUAGGCUCCAGCUGGGCAGUCUACCACUUCCUCUUCCUUCUACUUCUGUGACGGUUUAGAGUCAAGGGGACCGAAACACACGUGAGCAAAGACUGGAUUAGGAGGUUUGUUCAGAAGCCGGGUCAGCUCACAGAGUCACACUUUCUUACUUAGUCAUGUGUGCAGCCUUGAGCCACCCCCUCCUUGUGGGUUUACACUACAUUUUGGAGUCAUUAAUGCUGACAAGCACACCCUCUCCCAUUAUUCGUGCACUACAGAUCUCCUGCUAAUCAGUCACCUUUGUUGCUGCUGUGUAGACAGAGCCAGGCCUCACCUGUUUGUUUCGACCAAGACACCAUGGCCACACAACGUUACUGAUCCCCCUAGCUGUGACAGUCCAGGCCUGGAAAAUGGCUGAUGUGAGAGCCAACAGACGGCCCAGGCCAGGGUAGGCAGGGCCUGCGUCUGCUCGGUCAGGUACAGGCAUUCGGCUGAAGGCAUGCAUAGUUCCUGGGCACAGACUUCCCAAGCCCCUGAAAUGGGAAAGAGACCAAGAAAGAGGCUCGUCAAUUUCAGACCAACUUCCUUUCUCCACAUCAUAGCACGUUCAAGGUGUGCCUUCUCCUUCCACCUGUACAUCCCCCGUCCUUCAAUUCUUCCAUUCCCUGACCUGUGAGAGUUCCUGGCGGAAGCGUGGUGAAUAAACUGACAUGCAUGCUGAA